CUAUAAUCGAACUAAAUAGUGCCUAAAAAAGUUACCACUGUCGGUUUUUCCUCCUCCCACUCGGUAGAAAAGUGUCAUAGAUUCUACUUCUUCUUGCUAAUAUCUCUCCAUUUACAUUUAUCUAAACAAAUAAACAUACUCAUCUUCCCAUUUUUCUUUGUGAUCUCCCUACAUUUACACUCUUUUAUUAAGAAAGGGGAUGAUUUAUUAGUUGAGUUCGAAAUAAACUAAUGGAUUCUAAGAAAUUUUCAUUACCAGUGGCAGACCACGUUAUAACACCAAGAAAAAAGGUGAUUUCUGGGUUUAUUCUAUGGAUUAGUGCUUCUCUUAUACUUCUAUCCGUUAUUUUAUUUACUAAUUCCUUAAAGGGUCGUGUAGUUUCACCUUUACUUCAAGGUUUUAAUGCUGUUCAUACUCUUAAUUCUUCUUGGCCAUUCUCCUUUCCAACUUCUUCUUUUACCAAUACUAGUGGUAAUGAAGUGUUAUUAGAUAAUCCCCAGAUGGAAAAAGAUGGAAAUUUUGUAGAUUUCAGUAGUGGAAGUGUAAAUGGAAGUGUUUUUAAUAGUACCCAUUUAGGUAAUUUUUCUGAUUUUGGAAAUAAUGGUAGUUUGCAUGGUGAAGAUUUGAGUUUUGUUGGGAAUUUUAGUGUUACUAUAGAUGGAGAUUUGAAUGCUAAUGUAAGUGUUGGAGAGGAGAAUUCUAUUGAUGUGAAUAAUGCAGUAGUUGGUGGUGAUGAUAAAGAGGUUGAUGGAUCUGAUGGUGAAGAAAAUGGAGGAAAAAGUUUGGAGAAAUGUGAUAUAUUUGAUGGUGGAUGGGUUAGAGAUGAGACCAAACCUUAUUAUCCUGCAGGGUCUUGUCCUCAUGUUGAUAGGGAUUUUAAUUGUCACCCUAAUGGAAGGCCUGAUGAUGGGUUUCUUAAAUGGAAAUGGCAGCCUAAUGGAUGCAAUAUUCCAAGUUUGAAUGCAACUGAUUUUCUGGAGAGGCUAAGAGGGCAGACUCUGGUUUUUGUUGGGGACUCGUUGAAUCGAAACAUGUGGGAGUCUCUAGUUUGCAUUCUUCGAAACAGCAUUGAAAAUAAGGAAAGAGUCUAUGAGAUAUCUGGAAGGACAGAAUUCAAGAAAAAGGGUUUCUAUGCGUUUAGAUUUGAAGAUUAUAACUGUUCUGUGGAUUUUGUUGGUUCUCCAUUUCUUGUUAGAGAAUCAUCUUUUAAUAGUAAAAAUGGAACACUCGAGACAUUAAGGUUGGAUUUGAUGGAUCAAACAACUAAAAUGUACGAAGAUGCUGAUAUCAUAGUUUUUAAUACAGGUCACUGGUGGACACAUGAGAAAACUUCUAAAGGAGAAGACUAUUAUCAAGAAGGUAAUUAUGUACACCCAAGAUUAAAGGUCUUGGAAGCGUAUAAGAGAGCGCUUUUGACUUGGGCCAAAUGGGUCGACAAUAACGUAGAUAGCAAUCGAACACAGGUGUUCUUUAGAGGAUAUUCAGUUACACAUUUCAGAGGAGGCCAAUGGAACUCUGGAGGGCAGUGUCACAAAGAAACCGAGCCAAUUUUUAACACGACAUACUUCCGGAAGUACCCGUCGAAAAUGCGAGCUUUUGAGCAUGUACUUCAAGAAAUGAAAAGUCCAGUUAUGUAUCUUAACAUAAGUAGACUAACAGAUUACAGAAAAGACGGGCACCCUUCAAUUUACAGAAUGCAAUACAAAACGGAAGAAGAACGAAUUGCUGCUGAGCGAUCUCAAGAUUGCAGCCAUUGGUGCUUACCUGGAGUUCCUGAUACUUGGAAUGAGUUAUUAUACGCUUCCCUCUUGAAGGCUGGGAGGGGAUCUUGGAAAAUUUAAACAUAAGCUGUGCAGAUACCAAAUGUUUUAUUAAUCAAUGAUUUCUUAUUCUUUA